UUGUUGAGACAUAAACCAAGCUACUUACACGUUAGAUGUCAAAGAAAAUGGCCUACCAUUAUUCACAACCUAUCACCCUACUUAUCUCCCUCUUAGUUCUUACCUUAUGCAACCCCUCUUCUGGAGCAGGUAUUGCCAUCUAUUGGGGCCAAAAUGGCAAUGAAGGCACCUUGGCUGAAACUUGUGCCUCGGGAAACUAUCAAUAUGUGAACGUAGCUUUCUUGUCUAAUUUUGGGAAUGGCCAAACUCCUGUGCUGAACCUAGCCGGUCAUUGUGAUCCUAGUUCUAAUGGUUGCACUGGUUUAAGCUCUGAUAUUCAAGCUUGCCAAGGUCAAGGCAUCAAAGUCCUAUUGUCCAUUGGAGGAGGUGGAGGCAGCUACUCACUUUCAUCGGCAGAUGAUGCAACCCAAGUUGCUAACUAUCUUUGGAAUAACUUCCUUGGUGGUACGUCCAAUUCACGUCCACUAGGCGAUGCCAUUUUGGAUGGUAUUGAUUUUGAUAUUGAGGCAGGUUCAGGCCAAUUCUGGGACGAUCUUGCCAGGGCCCUUAAUGGGUUUAGCCAACAAAGGAAGGUGUACUUAUCGGCAGCUCCACAGUGUCCCUUCCCUGAUGCUCAUCUAAGCACUGCAAUUAACACUGGCCUAUUCGAUUACGUGUGGGUUCAAUUCUAUAACAACCCCCCGUGUCAAUAUAGCGGUGAUGCUAACAAUCUCUUGACUGCAUGGAAUAAUCAAUGGAGCACAGUUCCAGCAAACCAAGUGUUUUUGGGGCUACCUGCAGCGCCAGAGGCGGCCCCUAGUGGUGGAUUCAUCCCAUCAGAUGUGCUCAUUUCUCAGGUUCUUCCAUCUAUCAAGAGUUCACAAAAGUAUGGAGGAGUCAUGCUCUGGAGCAAGUUCUAUGACAAUGGAUAUAGUUCAUCUAUAAAGAGCGCAGUGUGAUCAAGUUAUUAGCCAAUAAAACAUGGUCAUAUAUAUAAGACCUGCUUAAUUUAUAUUUAUAAUUUUAUGAAUUACAAUAAAUAUUAUAAAGCUGAAUUAUGAAAUGGAUUAAAAUAAUAUUGCUAA